CUUCCUUUACUCAUUUCUCUUCUUCCAUUUUCACAUGGUCUUAUCUUUAGUAGUUUCAUGAUGAAAGUUUCAUCUUUUAUCUAAUUUAUACUUUUUAAAUGUCUGUUGACUAAAAUUUUGUCUAUCGAUUUUUACUUCUGUUGAUGAUUUUCGGCAAAUGCUGCUGUAUGGGUUUGUUUAUCAGAAAACAUAACUCAUCUCAAUUCUUAAAAAUCCUUCUGUCAAAAUGUUUGAUUUUCUCCAUUCUCACCGUACUCUUGCAGUCUAUUCAAGUGAUAUUGCAAAUGAGGACGGUCAUGAUGACGAGGAACCACCGUUUCAAUAUAUUCCCGUUGAUGCUUCACCUCCAUCCAGAUCAAAAACAAAAUGUGAUCGACUUUUAGAAUCCAUUAUGUUACUUAGAGAAGGCCUAGAAUCUGGAGACAUGAUAUUUCAAUUUGAGCAACUCUAUCGUAAAAAGCCAGGAGAGGGAAUGACCAUUGCCCGUUUACCUGACAAUCUUUAUAAAAAUCGCUACAGAGAUAUAUCACCUUAUGAUGCAACUCGGGUUGUCUUGAAAAAGUGCAGCUCAGGAGAUUAUGUUAAUGCUAGUUUUGUUAAUAUGGAAAUACCAGGAUCUGGUAUAGUUAAUAAAUAUAUUGCUACUCAAGGUCCACUUUCAAGUACUUGUGAGGAAUUUUGGCAAAUGGUUUGGGAACAAGGUUGUAGACUAAUUGUUAUGGUUACACCUUUAAUUGAACGGGGUAGAUCUAAAUGUCAUAAGUACUGGCCGAAUGUGGAAGAAUCGGAAAAGUACGGCGAUCAUUUGAAAAUUUUUAGUUCAUACGAAAGUGGAAAUGCGUCCAUGGUUGAAAGGCAUUUAAAAUUAACCAAUCUAGAAACAUCUGAAGAAAGGGACAUUGUGCAAUUUCAGUAUCUUGCUUGGCCUGAUCAUGGAGUACCUGAUGAUGCCACCGAAUUUCUUAAUCUUAUUGGUCAAGUUAGAAAACAUAGAUCUUCUUGCACUGAUCCUAUUAUAGUUCAUUGCAGUGCUGGUAUUGGUCGAACUGGAGUACUCAUUUUAAUGGAAACAGCAAUGUGCCUUAUAGAAGCUAAUGAACCAAUUUAUCCUCUGGAAAUUUUAAAAGCCAUGAGAGAUCAAAGAGCUAUGCUUAUUCAAACUUCGAAUCAAUUUCGCUUUGUUUUAGAGGCGAUAGAUAAAGUAUACAAAGAAGAGAUUGUAAAACCUUUGGUCCCGAUCGAUACUGAAAAGCAAUAAAUUAACUUGUAUACAAGCAUGAUUAUACCCAUUUCUGUAACCAUACAUUAAUUGAUGCGAUGCUCAAAAUCAAAGAACUGCAAAAUACUUUGGUGCACUCAUGAAAUCUGGAUCAAACUCAAUCUUCUCAUAGACACAAGAAGGCCCAGUUGCAAGCUAUUCACAUGUUUUUUUCAUUGAGACUGUAUCAUUGAAAUUUCUCCAUUGACCAUCUUCAAAGAGGAUAACUUCAUUAAACCCAUUCACAACAUGGAAAAGUCCAAGAAAACGAGACUUUGUCUAACAAGGUUCAUCCACCCACCAACCCAUAAUCAGUAAUGGACGAAUAAUUGUGAUAAAAUGUGAAUCAAGAAAAAUCACUGCGAAUACCUGGCCUUUUCAACUUUACCCAAAACACUUGUUUUUAUUUCACAUCUUGCUCGACUUUAUCAUCUUUUUGCCAUUUAUUCUCACAUUGACUGAUGACAAUCAAGGACCAUGAAGCCGAUGAAAAUUGAUGAUGAUCAUCUCUUUUUUGCCUUAACCUUUUGCCAAUUAACAAACUUGACUUGGAGCUUACAUCGAUAUCCAUUGUUGCAAUAAAAACCGUUCCAUGGUGUAAAUACUUGAAACUUGGACAUUAAUAACUUCUAAAUUGAUGAAAAUCACAAAAACAAAGUACGAAAACCUAUUAAUCAGUUAUGCUAGUCAAUGAUUUAUUUUUGAUGGUUACUUUCAACUUUACAUACAACAUAUAAAACUAUACAUACACAUUACGUGCAUAUAUGAAACACAUCAAACGCCUGUAAAUUUUCAACUCAUCUUCAUUGAGAGACAAGAGAGGAUCCAAAAAUUUACACAAACGGAUAAAGAAAUCUUCACUUGAAAGGAACUUUUCUGAACCCUAAUGGUAACCAAGGCUGCUUAUUCAUCUUCGUGAUCAACUGCGAUAUAAAGACCAUGAAUUGUUCAAAAGCCAAUUUAAACUUAUCAACAAAAUUUUGGUAAACCCAAUUUUCAUCUGCCAACAUUUCCGACAAACAACGAAACCAGAAGAAAUAACAUUUCAGUCGCAAAUAUUUUUACACAAGAUCCAAUCAAUAAUUAGCCAGAGAAGAAACAUUCUUAAGUCAUUCUAUUCUUUCUGUCCAGAGUUAUUAUCAGUUCAACUGAACAAAAGAUUUCUUUGCGUUCAGUCAGUCCCGUCAAAAUAGUCAGUAAAUGCCUUUUCCCUGUUUUUCAUUAAACAGGACCAAUCAAUAUGUAACAUUCAAUCUCUUCCUUCAACUCUUUUCGCACGUUUUCCCUCGAAGUUUUGAUAUUCAAUGAAAAGCAAAUAUCGUCAACUGCAUGAGAUGGAUAAUAAUGCAACUAUAUGAUGGAUAAUAAUAAUAUUUAUACUUAUCCUGAUUGCAUCUUCGAGGAAACAAGAAACCAAUUAAAAGCAAACACAGCAAUGACAUUGACAACUAUUACUAUGUAAAAACAUUGACUCAGAUUAUUCUCAUUUUCUGUCUUUACUUUUGUCUCACUCUUCAUCCUCUCUUUACUUUAGACAUUUAAUUAUCUUGGAUCCGUCUUGUCAUAUCUUAAUCAAUCAUGUGCAAAUUAAAUGAACCACUGGAAUACAUUUCAUAAUCUACUUAAACUUCUAUUUAUUUAAAGGUUAAUCAUGAACUUUGAUUGACCAUGAGCUUCAAGUUCACCAUUCACACAAUGAAAUCUUCAAGUAUCAUUUAUGAAUAAACGAUGAACUAGCAAAAUUAA